GCAGCAGAGCGCGGCGCAGAAUCGUGAUUGUGCGUAAACUACGUCAAAUCCGCACGGAAGAAGCAGAAUGCUGCACCGACUGGAGCUGCCUUGUCUUCAUCUUUUGUUUGGGGUUUCAGCUGACUCUGUUAUGUUUCUGCCUGCGUCGCUUUGUACCUGAAUCCUUUGGCUAUCAGACGCUUGAUGGAGGCUGCAGGAAGGAUUUAGAGAUAUGCUGCGUGGCUCAUUUUCAUCCUUCGCUCGAUCGGGUUUCACUGGAUUGGCCGAGGCAGAUGCCAUUCAAUACACUGCUCCUGCCUGCAUGGUAUAAACAGCAUGGACAUCGCACAUUCCAGAGGCUCUAAAUAUAUCUAUUAAGGCCACAGGAGGGGGAGGACUGGUGUAGGGGGGUUUAUCCUGGGACGCCUCACUGUCGUGGUGAACUCGCACCACUUGAAUUAUCUUUUCCGGAGAUUGACAAUCGGUUAUUGUAGCCGCAGAAGACAACUUGGCCCUAUCCAAACAUGCCCUCGAGUUACAACGUGAGAUCCAGGGCGAGGGAGAGAAACAGCGUCCUGAGCAGACCUGAGUUCAUGUCCCUCAACCAUCAGCCCCUCCGCGGCGGCAGCAGCAGCACCGGCAGCAGCGGCGGCGGCGGCGGAGGAGGCUCCUCUGAGAGCCGAAGCAGCUCACGACGACCGGCUCAAAUCAAGCACCAAACAAGCCAGCAGAGCGAGGAACCUACCGACAGUGGCAGCAAGGACAGGAGAGAGUCCAGCAAGAUGCCAGAGGAAGACUGCAUGCAGCUCAACCCUUCUUUCAAGGGAAUUGCAAUGAACUCCCUCCUCGCCAUUGACAUCUGCCUGUCCAAGCGCAUGGGGGUGUGCGCCUCCACGUCCUCCUCAUGGGGAGGCUGCCGGUCCAUGGUGGCUCUGCUGGCGCUCACAGGCCACGGCAUCACGUGGAUCAUUGGCACUAUCGUGUGUCUCACACGGAGUAAUACUCUGGCUGGACAAGAGGUCCUAGUCAACCUGCUGCUUGCCCUCAUCCUUGAUGUCAUGACCGUGGCCGGAGUCCAGAGGCUGGUGAAGCGGAGAGGACCCUGGGAGAUGACGCCGGGCUUCCUGGACUGCGUCGCCAUGGACACCUACUCCUUCCCCGCCGCUCACGCCAGCCGGGCCGCCAUGGUCUCCAAGUUCCUGCUGUCCCACCUGGUCCUGGCGGUGCCGCUCCGCAUCCUGCUGGUGCUGUGGGCCUUCCUGGUGGGCAUGUCCCGGGUGCUGUUGGGGAAACACCACCUCACAGAUAUGGUGUGUGGGUUCGCGCUCGGCAUGCUUCACUUUAGCCUCAUGGAGUCGGUGUGGCUCUCGUCAAGCACCUGCCAGACUCUUAUUUCCAUAAGCACGCUCAGCUGGAGCCCCUUUUUCUGAGUUUUUGAUAUGCUAGCACCCAAGGCUCAUUUGAUACUCCCACCUUGCAAUAUUGAGGACUUAGGUAGUUAUUUUUGCAAGGGUCAGAAGUUUUUAUUGCAGGCUGCCUACUAAGAAGCAGUAACAUUUGGAUGCAGAUGCUGACUUGCAUGUAAAACCCAAAACAGGCAGGUCACAGAACCUUACAAGAGAAAUUCUCCUGUUACACACCUUUACUGCUUCUUAGUUUCAAUUAAACACUAAUAAUAAAGAAAAAAUUAAGGGAACUGCAAACUAUUUACAAGUUUUCCUGAAAUUAUACACGGAGGGUUAUGAUUUUAGAUUUUUUUUUAAAUGUUUUUGAAAAAGCAGGUACCAUUCAUCCAUGAUUUAACCUCUUUCUAGAACUUUCUCUUACUUCCUUUUCUUUGCUUUCAUCCUUUAAGAUGGUGAAAUACUGAAACCAUGUUGAACACUGAAGGAGUCUGGUGUUAGGCUGUAGUAUCGGAUGUAAAAUUAAAAGUAUAUAAAGCUAUUGCUGUUUGGAUAUCGUUCCUGAUUGGCAUGACUAUUAUAUUUCUGUAUUUCUGGAAUUCUCUUUCUUUCAUUGUAUGUUUAUUACAUGUGAACUUACUUUCAACGCAGCUGACUUCAGCUGUUUGUACACAUUUGGAUAGAACUUUUUCAUACAUUAUCAAGUAUAAUUUCCUUCAGUGUGCCAUUUGUGAUUUUAUGAGUUUAAAUCCUUUUUUAUAGCUGAUGCUUCUCUUCAGCUCUUUCAUUAGAGGCUCGUCAAGUCUGCACAUUAGCCUAACAGAUGUUUAUGGUUUGCCAAUGACACCGAUUCUGUGCCCCACUAAACAACUGAAGCGUGUGUGUGUGUGUGUGCUCUUGUACUUGCUACUUGGUGAGUACCAUUUUCUGCAUUUAACUAUCAAAGUGAGGACAUUUUUACAAAGUAAGGACAUAAAGGCCGGUCCUCACUUUGAAACAGCCAUGUUUGAGGGUGAAGACUUGUUUUUAGAGAACAGGUAUGAAUUGAGGUUUGGUUAGGGUUAGGGUAAGGAUUAAGUUUAGGCAAUCAGUUGUGAUGGUUAAGGUUAGGAUAAGGCUCUAGGAAAUGCAUUACGCCUAUGGAUGUCCUCACUAAGAUAGAAGUACAAACGUGUGUGUGUGUGUGUGUGUGUGUGUGCGUGCGUGCGUGCGUGUGUGUGUGCGUGUGUGUGUGCGUGUGCGCAUGUCACCGCACAGCAAAAAUAUCUGUUUGAAAUAUCAGUUGUCAGGCCUUUUUUUCUGAAUGUGUUUUUUAUAGACCUUUGAAAUGAAACCUGCUGGGUUUCUUUGGCAAAAACGUCUCUGUGCACUGGUUUGGUACAGUUAUAGUUUAGUGGAUAUUAGUUAGUUUUGUUGUGUACAGGGAUCUGCAUAUGAUGUUUUUACUUUGUUGUUCCAUCUCAUUAAUAAACGAGGUGGACAGUCAGGAAAA